AUGGUGGAGGCUGAGACCUACAUACAGGCGGUAGACCUCUGUCACAUGGGAAAGCAAGGGGACCAGAAAAGGUCCGAGAAAAAGGAGAGUCGUACACAGAAUGCGGCCCCCAAGGAAGAGAAGAAGAGGAAAGAUGUAUGGAUGGCCGACACCACUAGUCAGUCGUCAAGCAAAAAGAGAAAGGAAUUGAAUCCAUACUCCCCCAAGUAUGAGUUAAAUAAAUAUAAUCAUGCCAUCUUCACAGAGAUUAAGGGCCGAUUCUCCCUCGAGAAGCCGACACCUAUGAGGGGCGACCGUAGCAAGCGCAACCAAGGCAAACACUGCCACUUUCAUGAAGACGUUGGGCAUGAGACCAACGAAUGUAUCAGUCUUAAGCGUCUGCUAGAUCAGUUGGCUGAAAAAGGUGAUCUGGACUCUUAUGUCAAAAAACGUAAAGGAAAACAGCCCCCCAAACAGAAACAGUCGGCCAGGCAAAAGAGGCAGAAAUUGGCCGACAGCUCUGACACUAAUGAAGCUGCCAUCUAUAUAAUAGCAGGCGGCUAUGCAGGAGGAGGCCUGACUGUUCGGGGAAACAAGGAUAAAAUCAGACAACUGGAUGUUAACUCUGUUAAUCAGGGUGAGACCUCUGGUAACUCGUUUCCUGAGGUUAUUAUUUCUGAGAAAGACUCGGGUGGUGUCCGACGACCACAUGACGAUCCAAUUGUCAUCGAGUGUAAAGUGGCCAAUCAAAGAGUCGGCAGGAUACUUAUUGAUACAGGGAGUUUGUCGGACCUCAUCAGCCAUAAGUGCUUGACCAAACUCAAGUACAGGCUUGAGAGUAUACAUCCUAUCUCCCAUCCUCUCGUAGGAUUUGGAGGGGGAGUCGUCCAUCCGAUUGGUCAAGUUGACUUGCCCGUCCGUCUGGGUGAGAAAGGCGAGGGCCGCCACAUGGUCAUUCGUUUCCUGGUUGUGGAAGAGCUUACUGCCUAUAACAUGAUCCUUGGGCGCCCCACCCUUAAUGACUCUAAAGCAGUUAUCAUUCCAUCCCUUAUGUUACUCAAGUUUGAGAAGGAUGACAAAAUAGUCGGUUCCAUAAGGGGGGACCAGAGAAUGGCCAGGGAAUAUUACCUCACUGACAUCAAAACAAUGGUAACUUCAGACGGCCCAACUGGCAAAGCCAUAGAAGAAGCGUCUGCCCAAGAGGCAGGAGGCAGGAAGAGAAAAGCUUCCGAAACGGAGGUCAAGAAAAAGCAUAAAAAAUAG